AUAACGGGAUGAAAGAGUCGACGCCGAUGGGUAGCUACACAACGAAGCUAACGGCAGACCAGAUCGCAGCGAGACAGACGUGGCCCAAAAAACUGCCGACGUUCUCAGGCACACCAAGGGACUGGCCAAAAUUCUACAACAGCUACGUGGAAUCUACGGCUGCAUGUGGGUUAUCCCACGUGGAAAAUUUAGCCAGGUUGGAGGAGUGUUUGACAGGGGGAGCGCGCGAGGUUGUCGAAGGCUGGUUUGAUUCGCCGCAAUCAGUGCCGCUAAUUAUAAAAACGCUGCAACGAUUAUUUGGCAAGCCAUCGCUCGUAGCCAAAGACAUGCUAGCGAAAAUUCGCCAAGUACCAGCACCGGGACCGGAACGAUUGGAUGAGUUGAUUACUUUCGGCUUAGCGGUACAACACUUGUGUAACCAACUGAGCUCACCCGAUAGAAAGCACUACUUGUCGAACCAUGAGCUGCUAGAGGAGCUAGUUGAAAAGCUACCGGCUUCAAGACGUCUUGAGUGGGUUAGCUACAAAUUUGCCGUAAAAGAAACCCACAAAACAGAGCCCUCGCUUCAAGAAUUUGGACAGUUCAUGGAACAGCUAGUGGAAAAGGCAAGUGAGGUGACCACCUACACUCCACCUAAGUCGAAUUUCCCUCGAAUGAUGAGGAAUCAGCAACGAUCACACAUCUUUGUGCAUUCAGAAGAAGCUAUCGCCACCAGCCCGGCAACUCCUGACUCAGAAGCCCACACGUCUAAAGCCAGAGAAGAUUCCAGCGCCUACCAGUAGAAGACCGCCUGCUGACUGUGAGGAGACUAAGACUGUGCUACAACUGCUUGGGAAACCAUGGCACUAAGCCAUGCAAAUCGAGAUCCUCGUGCGAAGUCUUAGGUUGCCGUGAACGACACCAUACACUGCUACAUAACCCAAACCUUGCGCGUGCUCCUAACCCUCCGACAACGGUAGCUGAGUGUAGUGUUCAUCGAAUGAAGCAGAGACCCACUGACAUACUUUUCCGGAUCGUGCCUGUUACAGUGCACAAUGGACCAGUGAGCAUAAAAACAUUGGCGUUCCUGGAUGAAGGAUCGUCACUCACACUGGUGGAAACCGUCUUAGCUGAACGCCUCGGUUUAAAAGGAAACCCGGACCCACUGGAACUACACUGGACUUCUAACGUGACUAGAAAGGAAACUGCAUCACAACGCGUCAGCAUGGAGAUAUCAGCAAUGGGGGAUGAGCGGCGCUAUUCAAUAGCGGCCGCUCACACUGUCAACAAGCUAAGUCUUCCUCUAUAUAACAAAAAAUGCAACACACUGAUAAGUACACUUAACUAUUUACAGGAUGUCCCGCUCCACACCUACGACGAUCCGAUGCCUCAACUGCUGAUCGGACUAGCUGAUGUAAAUCUAAUCCAACCCCUGGAAACGCGUUCAGGACACCCCGGCGAACCUAUUGCUGUGCGCUGCGCGUUAGGUUGGGCUAUUUACGGACCGUACAAUACAACCACCGAAACGAAUCAGGGGAAUGCAUUCCUUAAUGUUCAUCACGGCGAAGCUACCAACGACGAUGCCGAUAGCGAAAAACCCUGCGACUACGAGUUGAACGAGACAAUGAGAAAAUACUUUGCCUUAGAAGAAAGUCCAGUAAGCUCAUUCAACAAAUUCCUGCCUGAACCAGAAGAUUUGCAAAGAGCUAAAGCGAUGCUAGAAGCUACCACAACAAAAAUCGACGGUCGAUAUACAACAGGCCUGUUGUGGAAAAACGAUAUAGUGGAUUUCCCAGACAGCAAACCGAUGGCUUUAGCUCGACUGCGUGCUCUCGAGAAAAAGUUGGAGAGGGAUCCAGACCUAAAAGAAAAUGUACACGAUCAGAUGCGAGCGUAUAUAAAAAAUGGUUAUGCCCACCAAGCAGACGAGACAGAACUAUCUUCUGCCUGCCAAGGGAGAACUUGGUACUUACCACUAAAUGUAGUCGGCCACCCUCAAAAACCUGAAAAGAAACGAUUGGUAUGGGACGCAGCAGCCAAAGUGAAUGGAGUGUCCCUCAACUCGCAAUUGUUGAAAGGACCAGAUCUCCUGGUGCAGUUACCUGCAGUCCUUUGUAAGUUUCGCCAAAGAAAAAUAGCUUUCGGGGGAGACAUUGAAAAAAUGUUUCAUCAAAUUCGCAUCAGAAAAGAGGACACUCACUCACAAAGAUUCCUCUUUAGGUUCAACAAAAAUGAAUCGCCUAAAGUGUUCAUAAUGGACGUAGCAACUUUCGGAGCCACCUGCUCGCCAUGCUCAGCCCAAUAUGUGAUGCGCAAAAAUGCAGAAGAGCAUACAAAAGAGUUUCCAGAAGCGUCGGCUGCCAUUAUUAAUAACACAUAUAUGGACGACUACUAUGAUAGUUGCGAUACGAUAGAAGAAGCUAUACAACGGGUGAAAGAGGUGAAAAAUAUACACGGGCAAGCUGGGUUCAACAUGCGAAAUUGGGUGAGCAACCAACCGUCUGUCCUUCCAAGUUUAGGAGAAUCGGCUAGCGAUAAGAACAAGAAGAUUAACCUUUGUGAAGAGACAAAACACCCACGUGUGCUAGGUAUACUAUGGGACCCGUCUACAGAUACAUUACAAUUCUCGGCAAGUUGGCAUAACGAUCUGAAACCAUAUAUCGAUGGAAUAAAGAAACCAACAAAGCGAAUAGUCUUGAGAGCAAUCAUGAGCCUGUUCGACCCGUUGGGAUUAGUGGCACCAGUACUAAUCCACGGUAGAAUGAUGAUGCAAGACCUAUGGCGCGAUAAUUUAGGGUGGGAUGACGAAUUGAAUGAUGCACAACAACACACCUUCAAACGGUGGACGGGUUUACUUCCCGGAAUACAAAGGGUGAAAAUCCCUCGAUGGUAUUUCAGAGGUGCUGCACCGAAUGCGGACAAUGUGGUACAAUUGCACAUAUUUACAGACGCUAGCGAACUGGGUUACGGUUGUGCCGCUUACUUUCGAAUGCAAACAGCCGAUGGCGUACAUUGUGCAUUGAUAAUGGCACGAAGCAAAGUAGCCCCGCUACAACACUUAACCAUCCCGAAAUUAGAGCUCCAAGCGGCAUUGCUAGGAGCUAGGUUGAAACGCACGAUAUGUGACAGCCAUGACAUUAAAAUUGACGCCACGUACUUUCACACAGACUCAGAGGUGGUACUGUCAUGGAUCCGAACACCAACUCGCGAACUAAAACAAUUUGUGGCAUGCCGGGUAGGCGAAAUUCUAUCACUGUCUGACCCAAAAGAUUGGCGACAUGUCCCAAGCAAAGAAAAUCCUGCCGAUUGCCUCACUAAAUGGUGCAAAGACACAGAUAUCGAACAGCACGGCAGAUGGUUGAACGGACCGCCUUUCUUGUAUCUACCUGAGAGCAAUUGGCCCGAACAGAAACCUAUAAAGGACACGAAUGCAGAACGCAAAACGUGUUACCUAGCACACCACUCAGAGCUACAACCACCCAUUUUUGUAGACAUUUCACGAUUUUCCCGUUGGAAAAUCCUACUUCGAACCGUAGCACUGCUUUGGCGUUUUGAUACCAACUGCAAACGUAAAGCAGAGGGGUUGCCAAUACAAACAAUUAAAGCUACUAAAAUCCAAGCAAAGCACAUCAAACAUACACUAUUGGCCGAACAGGCACCAAUUUCGGAAUCAGAGUUACAAAAGGCCGAACGAUUCCUAUUGAGCAUGGCCCAAAGAGAGGCGUAUGAAAAAGAAGUGCAAGUAUUGACAGCAAAGCCAAGCGCUGAAAAACAACCCCAUUUAGAACGUAGCAGUGCUCUUCAUAACUUAAACCCGUUCGCAGACGAAUUUGGAAUAUUACGAAUCGACGGACGAAUAGCCAGAGCAAACCAUAUUCCCUAUGAUGCACGGUACCCUAUAAUCCUACCAAAAACACACAAUAUAACCGCCCUGAUCCUAAAAGACUACCACGAUCGUUUUGGCCACGCCAACAGUGAGACCGUAGUUAAUGAAAUAAGGCAACGCUUUUAUAUCAAAAACCUUCGAUCAUGCGUAGCAAAAACUAAGAAACAUUGUCAACGAUGUAAAAUUAAAACAGCCCAACCCGUAACCCCUCGCAUGGCCCCGAUACCAGAAGAAAGACUUACACCCUAUAUUCGCCCAUUCUGCAGUGUCGGCAUAGACUAUUUGGGACCUCUAGACGUUGUGAAUGCAAGACGGUCAGAAAAGCGUUAUGUGGCAGUAUUCACAUGCUUAGUAACACGAGCAGUACAUUUGGAGGUGGCACAUAGCCUGUCCACGGAGUCCUGCAUCAUGGCAAUAAGACGUUUCGUGAAUCGUAGAGGGCCACCAAAAGAAAUAUUUUCAGACAACGGGACCAACUUUGUUGGAGCCAGUAAUGAGCUAACACGGCAGCUGAAAGACAUUAACUACUCAUGUGCCGAAACAUUCACCAAUACAGACACGAGAUGGGUUUUCAACCCACCGUCUGCCCCUCAUAUGGGGGGAGUUUGGGAACGGAUGGUUCGCAGCGUAAAGGAUGCAAUGCAAGCGCUUGACGAUGGGCGAAAAUUGAACGACGAGAUUUUGUUAACAGCGUUAGCAGGGGCAGAAAGCCUCAUUAACUCACGACCUCUCACCUACAUGCCCCAAAGCAAUUCUAACGUAGAGGCGAUCACACCGAACCACUUCUUGCUGGGCAGUUCCUAUGGCAAAAAGCAGCAACUGGGGGAAUGUCCAGACUUAGCGGAAACGCUUCGAAGCAGCUACAAGAGAGCCUCCGCGCUGACGGAUGCAUUUUGGGAUCGGUGGCUCAAAGAGUAUUUGCCCACCAAACACACGCGAUCAAAGUGGCACGACGACACCAGCCGGUUGAACGUGAACGAUUUGGUGUUUAUUGCAGAGGGUCCAAGAAAGAGUUGGUUGAGGGCGAUAGUUGAAGAGGUGAUUCCCGGUAGGGAUGGCAGGGUACGUCAAGCCAUCGUGCGGACCGCACAAGGAAAAAGGCUAAAAAGACCAGUUGUGAGAUUAGCGGUACUGAACGUUGAAGUUUAAGAAAAGAUAACUUAUCACCGAGUCCACGGAAUAGUACUUUAGUUGUAGGCCUACUAGUUCACUCGCGAAAAACGUGCUUAAAUCUUGUAAAUCCCUUAAACGAACGCACAGGAUUGACGGGGUCGGGUGUUGACACGUUUUGGCACGCGGUAUGAUGUAAACAAACACCUGUCAGCGAACGGAUUGAAGCGAACGGAUUAACCGGAGCGAUUCCACCACCAAGCGCAGAUUGGCGCUAGCGUACGAUCAGGAGAUUAGGCCGUGAUAAGAGCGAGAUGACUAGCGCUUCAUGCUAAGGUCGCAAACCUUAGCGAAAGGGUCAAAGAAGGUCGAGUUUGGCGCAAUUAGCAGCAAGGAGUUAGAAAGCAAACACGAGAGAGACCGGACAAAUUUUUAAGCGUGCGCAUUAAGAUCGAAUCGCCGUUGUUGAAAAUUAUCGGAAAUAAAUUUAUUGUUACUAAAGUAA